UCGAGAUUGAGAACGAAACCAAUAUUGGAGAAGGCCUAGCGCUCUCCUCAGUCUUCUCAUAGACGCUGCUGUGGAUAGUCUUGAGGAAAAUCUCUCCACUCCAGCUCUCUACUACUGAAACAUACGGGUAGUAACCGUAACUGUUUCUAGUCAUAUUUUGCGUAAUUGCGCGGAAAUACACUGCAGCAUCAUUUUGGGGAAACUUUAAAAGAUAAACGACCAGAGAAGCAUCACGUACACGUUGUCUGACUUCAUAACAAGAUAGCAGCCUACAAACGGCGCCAAGGGCAGAGGUAAAAAGUUUCUGGUGAGAAUCAUUCCACUCGUGCCAAAUUGGACGAAGACUAUUAUACACGCGUAAUGAGACGGUGAUCCAAAAAAGUUAAAAGAUGCAUUUUUUAAGGAGUGCUCUUAACGCGUUUCUAAUUAAAGACAUGCCGGGGUAAUCCACAUGGGACAUCUCCUUGCGUCUGCAACUGACAAUAAAAAGUGAGGGAGUCCAUGCCGGAUGAUCUGAAGCGAACUUCAUCAAGACGUGCACCGGAGGGGGAAAAUAAAUAAAUAAAAAGCUGCGAACUUUCAUCAGUUUCCACCCACUUCGAGUCAACACAAUCAACAGAUGACCGCGGCAGUCUUCUUUAAACAUAUAAAAGAGACUCCAUCUCCUUCUGUCAUGGUACACUAGCGCCUGUGGAAGUUCCUUUGGAAAAGCGACGCCAGCGGAGUCUAUUCGGUGUCCAUCGCAUUAAAAUUAAGAAUCGUUAAACACAAAGGAAGACCGUCAAACAAGUAUAAAAUAUAUCUGCAUCGCUGAAAAACAGGGCUAUAAGACUGGACGCAGGGCAGAGGGGUUCUCUUUUCAGCAUGAGUCCAGUGCGCACACCUGUCUUCAUCGGGCUCCUUCUGCUGAUCCUCACCGCCGGCUACUGCAAACAGAGAGACAGGGACGACACGAGUCUGCUGGACCUCCUAAUGGACAGAGUGAGACUAGCACGCGAGCAUCACAGUGAGGGGAGCAUACAGCAUCCCUCUAAAAUCAUCGAGCAUUCGGUGGAAACAAUGGACGUUAAUAAAGUUACCAUGUCGAAAGAGAAUGAAAGAAUUCUUGAGGUCUUUCCGAGAGAUCUUCGACAGAAGGAGAAGUUUUUAAAACAUUUAACAGGACCGCUUUAUUUCAGCCCCAAAUGCAGCAAAAACUUUUAUAAACUAUAUCAUAAUACUAGGGACUGCACAAUACCAGCCUAUUAUAAAAGAUGUGCCAGGCUUCUAAUAAGAUUAGCAGGGAGUCAGCGGUGCACAGAGGGAUAGACGUCACAGAUUUCAACAGACCUGAAGAAAUACAGAGAACCAAGAAAAAGUGCCUUGGAGAAAAACAGGGAAAAUAAAUAAAUUCAGAACAAUCAAUUUAUCAUUUGAACAAAGAUAUUUUUGCAAUGAAAUGGAACUCCUCUUAUGAAUCUUUUUAUUUUUCACAUACAGCUUUUCAAUCUUUUGUGUUGACAAUACUGAUGUUAGAACCAAGUUUACUGACAAUUGUCAUGGUGGAAAUGAAGAAAAAAAUGUUUUACAAGAAAAACAAAAUGUACUGCUGCCAAAAGAUAAACUGGGUAUCACAGUUGACUGCAGACGCUAUAUUAUCAGUUGAUUUGCCUUCACAGGUUGUGUGUCCAGUAGGUUUUGCUUGGAGAAUCAUUUAGCUAUAGUUUUUCAAAUAUGUUUACUGGCUAAAGGCAGACUUUGGUUCAAUAUUCCUGACAACCACACAGUCACAUUCUUCAAAGCCAGGGCUAAAUCCUUUGAUUGAAUUAUGAAUUGCAUGAUAUUUUCUUGCCUUUUUUGUCUUUACAAGACAUGUCUCGGCAGUGAUGAGCGGUACUGGUUGCAGUUUAUUCUGUGAAAGAAAUUAACCACAUUUUCCUAAUAUUGAAUGUCUUAUGUUAUGUAUUUAUACAUUCCAGCUAUUGACUAUUGCUAAGUUAGAGUUCAGUGUGUAAAUAUUGUAAAUAUACUGUGUGUGUGUGUGUGU